AUGAGUAUACCAAUGUUGCCAGCGAUAUUGUCCAAAAAUGUGGGACUACGAAGUAUAAGAUGUGUACGAGGAGGAUACCUUCGAGUAGUACUAGGUGCCAGCAUCGGAAUGCGACCUUAUAGUGAUUUGAAGGUGAACAAGAAGGACUUUCUAACAAUACCGAAUGUCAUAACAAUAACUCGGAUUGCAACCACACCUAUGAUAGGGUAUUUCUUGCUCAACAACCAAUUGGUACCAGCGUUGUCUUUAUUUGCAUACUCCAGUAUCACAGACUUUCUGGAUGGUUAUAUUGCAAGGAGAUAUAAUAUGAAGUCGGAUGCAGGGACAAUACUCGAUCCCAUGGCUGACAAGUUACUCAUGAUCAUCACAACGGCAGCACUAGCACUUCCGCCAGGUCCGCAGGUAAUUCCCAUAGGAAUCGCGUCCUUGAUAUUGGGUCGGGAUAUUCUGAUGGGUUUUAGUGCCAUUUUCAUUAGAUACGCUUCAUUGAAACAGAAAUACCACUUCGUUACAUGGAAGUCCUUCUGGGAUUUCUUCAAAUAUCCAAGUGCUGUAGUGAAGCCACUAACUAUUUCCAAAUGGAACACAUUUCUUCAAAUGAUAUACCUGGGCUUAGCCGUGUUCAUAAUGAUAUUGGAUCAAUAUGACACAAAAGUACAGGAGGCCAACGAACAGAAAGACACUACACUGGAUAUAAACACCCUAAAAACUGGGUUUAGCUGGUUGGGAUAUAUUGUUGGUGCUACAACAGUAAUUAGCGGUACAUCCUAUGUAUUCAGCAAAAGUGCCGUCACAUUUAUUAAAAAAAUCUAG